AUGUCGGCGGCGAAGUGCUCUGCCGGGUGUUCUGAGAUGUCUCGCGUCGGCAAGAAUCCGGUCCCCAUCCCCGAAGGCGUCGAGGUGACCAUCGACGGCGCGGCGGUCUCCGUGAGCGGUAAGCUGGGCCGCCUCGAAGCCACCAUCGCGCCGGAGGUGAGCGCCGCGCUCGACAACGGCCAGGUCUCUGUCACGCCGCUGGGCGAGAGCAAGCGCGCCCGCCAGAUGUGGGGGCUGACCCGGAGCGUGAUCAACAACAUGGUCGUGGGUGUGAGCCAGGGCUUCCUCAAGAACCUGCAGAUCGAGGGCGUCGGCUACCGGGCCGCGGUCGAGGGCCGAACGCUCACGCUCGAUCUCGGCUACAGCCACAGGGUGCGCUACCCGAUUCCCGAUGGCAUCGAGAUCACGUGCGAACGGCCGACGGCGAUCAGGGUCGCCGGCUCCGACCGCCAGGCGGUCGGCCAGGUCGCCGCCGAGAUUCGUGCUUUCCGCAAGCCCGAGCCCUACAAGGGCAAGGGCAUUCGCUAUGUCGGCGAAUACGUCCGGCGCAAAGAGGGCAAGAAGAAGUAG